AUGAACUUUGAUGGAGCUAGCAAGGGAAACUCGGGAUUAUCUGGCUUUGGAGCGGUCAUCAGAGAUGAGGAGGGAAACUUAGUUGGGGAAAUAUGUGGCCAAGCGGGAUUUGUCUCCAAUAAUAUUGCAGAAAUCACCACUUUAGAGGAAGGACUUAAAUGGGUGACUGCUAAUGGUAUCACGAAGGAUGAGAGGGAUACGCUCUUAUCUGUUUUGUUCACGCGGGGUGACAGAAGAAGCUUCAGCAUUCACAUUCUGGUUUUGAAAUCUCGUGAGAGGAAGAAGAAGGUAGUGGAAAGGGACUGGAGGGUUCUAGAAGUUCUAGAGCUUUUUAUAGCAAAGAGAAGCCAAAGCGGAGUGCGAUGUUCUAAAUAA